AGGGUGGUAUGUUUUCGUUUAUUUCUCUGAAGGGAAGACGUCUUUGCGGCAGAGGAAUACUGUAGACCAUCUUUUGAUCGGGCCUUUCUGGAAAGCUCUGCAUCUUUCAUAUAGACCUGCCCUUCGCAGUGAAAAGGUCCCAUAACUCUCCGGUGCAAUGGCGGCUGCCAACGCCGUCAGAAACUUUCCUGGCUCUCAGUUGCAGCAUUGCAGAAAUGAUACACAAUCCCUAACGAGGCGACUGCAAUGUCCGCAGCCUACUAGUUGGUUUUUGCCUCCUGUUUUCAAAGCUGGCUCACCUCGACGCCCCUUCUUUGCAAGAGCCGCAGUUGGCAGCAGGGGUUCAGGGGCCAGCCCAGUGUCGCUUGGUAAUGGUGGCGAUGAAAUGUGGAGAAGGUUGCAGAGGGACCAGAUUGAGAGGAGCGCCGAGCGCAUGCCUAAAGAAGUGUUCGUACUUGCUGACUCGAGUGAUGAUAGAGAUGACGAGCUUGAAGAUGAGACGCUGGAGGAGAUGGACGAUGAGGAGGCACUGUUUGAGCACGAGAGCACGUCAGAUGAGGUCGGCGAUGAGGUCGCAAGCGAGAGCGCGGAUGGCCAGGCGGAAGGGGCAUCAACAACAGCGGAAUCUGAAGGUGUGGAGGGAGAGGUUGUAGAAAGUGCAGAAGUUGCGGAGGCAGAGGACGUGAUGGAUGAAGAAGAAGAAGAGGAGGGGGAGGAGGUGGAACUAUCGUGGGCCCAGGAAAAGUACAUGGAUCUGAAGCAAUCUGUGGGAGUGGUGGUCGAUAGGGUACCGGGCCCGAGGGUGGCCUCCAGUAAUGUGCCCUGGCUGAUAGCAGUGCCGCUGUCGUACCUGGCAAUCACGCUGCUCAUCUCAGUUGCAAAGGUCAUCAAGAAAAACAACACGCCCCGGGCGCACAGGAAGCGGCAGGUAAACCGCAAUUUUGAGUUGGUGGAGCUCAUCUCAAAGUACCUGGAGGAGGAUAAGAGUCAGCUGGACCCCAAGGGCUUCAGAGCGCUCCAAAGCAACUUCAAGUUCUCGCCGCACGAGAUCCUGCGCAAGUACAUCCGGUAUGCGCUCAACGAGAAGCCGUUCGACCCGGAGAUGGUGUCCAACCUGCUGCUGCUGCGGAAGUCGUCCGGGCUGUCCGACAAGGACAUGAUUGGCGUGCUCAACGACAUCGCAUCCAAGGUCGUCAGGGCCAAAGGUCCGGUGAUGAUGGACACCCGGGGCAUGACGGAGAAGGGCAUCAAGAAGAAGGCCGCGGUGCAGGCCAUCUUCACCAAGCUGCUAUAUCUCUCGGAGCUGGACGAGUUCCUGUCGCCCGAGGCCCGCAAGGUUCCCGAGCGGAUGCCCCCCCCCAGAACAGCGGCGCCGCCCCCCCCUGCUAAGGACGAGCCGCUCGUGUUCCGGCCAGAGAUGCUGAAGCAGCAGGCGACGGGGCCGACGCAGGCGGAGAUUGAUGCGGAGCAGAAUCAGUACCUGCGAGUCAAAGAGAUCUUUGGAUUGACAGACGAGGAUGCGGACAGAAUCAGAAUCGACACUUUGUCCGAGUCGGAUGUCGUCCGACUCGAGGCACUGCUCGGGCGGAGCCCUUCUGGCGCUGGUGCCGCAGAAACGUCGUCAGACGAGGAAGACGCUGAAGAAGGGGAGAGAGAAGAGAGGGAUGAGGAUUCCUAGGGCUCAUGGUAUUCUGCAGUUUUGAAUUGUUCUCAACAGUCUAUUUUCAAUAAGCGUGUGCAAGCGAAUCGUACUAUAGCACGGUCUGUACUAAUAAGAACUUGAUGGUGCCUCGAAGGUGGCGGCAGCUAUCUGAGUGUCGUUUGGCAUUUGGACAAAUGUUUGCCCGUGGUCACUUAACCGGCGCGCUGCACAAUCAACCUGAUUUCAAGCAAGAGCUUGCGAGUUCGACUCGAUGGGCACGCACACCUCAAAGAGUUGGAGUUGGAGGAGCGGCCGUAUGACCGCCGCUUAAGGUAUGUCAAGCUUAUUAUGAUUCGCAC